AGAGCGCAGCGGGACGCGCAUUGUCUGUAUGCAAACUGGACGACAUGGCCAUUGUAUGCGUUCAGGCAUAUAUGGAGGCACCGAUAGCUCGGGGGGAAACAGCCCGUCUGAAGUCUCAGGAGUGAAGAGCCCUCGGCCGUGUUGUGCGCGUUUCCCUCCUCUCUUCUCAUUAACCGCUCGGGUCCGUCGCUAUGAGUUGCCUGGAUGUGAUGUACCACCAAAGCUAUGGAGCGCACUACCUCCCUGCAGCGGCAUACAAGGCGACGUACUAUAACCACCAUCACCAGCAACAACAGAGGAGGCUGAGUGUUUACAGUAAGAUGCAGGAGUGUAUGGAGCAGCAGCAGCAAGGAGGAGGAAGAGGGAUGCUUUCCAGGGAUCAAGGCCUUCAACAGGGUCCUGCAGCACCAGAAACCGAAUCGGGCCGUAGAUCCACAUCCGAUUCAGACCUGAAGGAUGGUCCUCAACCAGCAGAGGCAGAGUACUUGAGCUCCAGCUGUGUUUUGUUCACCUACUUCCAAGGCGACAUCGGUGACGUGGUAGACGAGCAUUUCUCCCGGGCUCUCAGUCAGUCUAGCACCUUUAACAGCGAGACCAAACCUAUCAGAGUGACUCAGCCGUCAGCCUCAGCCAUGUCUGGCUUAUGGAAAGAUGGGUCUCUCUCUGAGGGUCAGAGCAGCUCAGUGUGGAACAGCACCUAUCCAUCCCAAGCCAGCCCUUGCCUUCCAUCUGUCUCUGUCUCAGUCCACCCAGACUUCUCUUCCAGCCCCGUUUCCUUCAACCACCCAGAUGGAGGUCUGUGGGCCGAUCACGUGCUCUCCCAGGCCAGCCUCCCCCCUCCGGCUGCCCUCCACGACAGCUGGGCCUACAGCCUGAACCCCCCGAGUUCAAGUGGCUACCCCAACGUCCACAAUGUCUACCAUCCACACCCUCACCCCCACAUCCACACCCGGCACCACCACCCCAUGCUCCAUUCAUACCCAACCCACAGCUCAGCGUUGGAUCCCAGGUUUAAUCCUCUGCUGCUGCCCGGUGUUAGGACCCAGAGCCAGCCGACCGCCAGCACAGGGAGUUCCCCACCCAGCGAGGGGUUGAAGACGGAGAUGGACCCCAGCAGCAGCAGCAGCAGCGCCGUCACGGCUACCUCUGUCACCUGGACUCCCUCGGCCCUCCAUGGAUCCUUGGAGGUGUAUGACUCAGCUCUUGAUCAGACCAAAGCAAAGACGUCAGUCUGGUUCUAACUGAUGGACUGACAUUGAGAAAAAAGGAAUCAAUUCACACCAAAAAGGACCUACUAUGUGGCUCUCUCAAUGUAUGGCUGCAAAACCAGCACUGUAAUGUACAUUGUAGAUAGAAGGCUUACUGUAGCUUAGACUAUGAGUCUUGCACUGUCAACAGAACUUAUUAUGGAGGUGAACUCAGGCUUUGGACUUAAAUGACAGUGAUCUCCUGCUUUGGCUGCAGGUCAAGGGUCGCGAAGAAUGAUUAAAAAAAAACGGACUACUAGCUUUAAGAAUGGGAAGCCUCUUCUUCUCUCAUGGCACAAAACUGCAUUUCUCUUUCAUGCAAUGUGAGACCAAGUGGUUCUGUUUCAAGAGCUUGAUUUUGAUCCACAUUUUGUUUUGUACAGUAAAUGUUGUAGAUGACUCUAAAUGUUUUUGUGUGUACCGUUUUGCCAUGCUAAGUUGUUGUUUGCUGGAUGACUUUUGCUAAAAUUCUUGCCUGAAUGCUUCUUUACUUUUUGCCUUAAGGGAUUGU